AUGUCGGCGGCUGGGAAUUGGCCACCUUCCGUUCGAGAAUGGGUCUCCAAGUGUUUAGGGAUGAUGAACGAUUCUAAUCGGGAUGCUGCAUCCGCAGAACUCAAAAAAAUGAUCGCUGAAGCGUACGCUAAUAAUACGCUAUGGGAGACGGAUUGGGCGUCGAUAGAGCUGGAAAGUCUUAAGCCACAAAUCAAGCCAUUUUUGAAGCGCAAAGCUGGAGGAGCGGAUGACAACGUGUCAAAGAAGUCCAAGAACGGAUUAGCAACCUCGCAGCCUAUUUGUUCUCCUGCGAAACUCCAGGAAAGGGAGAAGCGAUUUCGCCGGGAACCCGAAGUAGACUCCCAGAAAAAUUCAGGCUCGUACAAACCUCCUUCCUCGUCAGAAUACAGUCGGCACGUCAAUGCACCAGAUUCAAGACGGAAGAGAACCGAUGCGACAAGUAACAAUCCAGGCGGCGCUUCAGGCUAUCGCACGCGACGCCAGGCUUUAUUAGGAAGUCCGUUGGGAGAUGAUGACGAUGUGGGCCCUGACUCUAACGUGAUAGACUGGGAUAAGUAUACAAUAGUUGGCCGAUCCACUGAGUUGUUCAAGCCGUAUCUUCGGAUCACUUCGGAACCCGAUCCAGCGCAGAUAAGACCCCUGGAAGUGCUUGAACGGACAUUGGCUGAGCUUAGCCGUCGCUGGCGUCAGAAACCUGACUACGUUUGGACGUGCGAUCAGCUCAAAAGCAUGCGGCAAGACCUAACCGUGCAAAGGAUAAAAAACAAAUUCACCGUCCAGGUAUACGAGAUCCAUGCUAGAAUGGCGCUCGAAAGCGAGGACCUGAAAGAGUUCAAGUACUGUGAAUCACGUUUGCGAGAACUUUAUGAGCUCGGCCUACCAGGCUGCAGAGAUGAGUUCUAUGCCUAUCGAAUCCUCUAUUCCACAUGCGCCAGGACUAAGACCGAUUUGAAUAUGUUUAUCGCAUCGCUGACCCCUCAACAGAAACAACAGGUUUUUAUUAAGCAAGCACUUGACGUCCACACAGCUAUUUCCACCGAUAAUUAUCACAAGUUUUUUGUCCUUUAUUUGAACGCUCACAACAUGGGGAGCUAUAUCCUUGAUCAUAUAGUAGAGGCAGAACGAGUCAAAGCCUUGUCCAUCAUGACCAAAGCUUAUCAGCAACUACCGAGUCCGUUCAUAGCAUCUGAGCUGGCAUUUGAAUCUGCCAGAGAUGCGGUAAAUUUCCUCCAUGAAUGCGAUGCAGCAGUCUUCAUAAACACCAAAUUGCCGAAUGACGUCGCUGCCGGACCUGGCCCUCUCGGUGGUCGCAUUGGGGUCCCACCCUCGUUCGCUGAUGUGUCGGACGAAGCUAAACUUCUGGAUUGCCGACAAGUGCAUGCCAACCUUAAAGCGCUUCUCGAAACAAAGUUCAUUCAACUUCGGAUCAGAGAUGCUGUUUAGUAUCACUUGCGCCAUCUGGUGCUUUUUGGUUUUUAGCCUCCUGCUUAGCCUUAGGGAAUCCUUUCAUUGUAAUUUUUCACGCAUCCUUUUUCUGCCGUUAAUUUUUUUUGUACUUUACACAUUCUUUGAUACCGCACGAAUGAUACAUAGGCUUAAUGCGUAGCAUAUACAUAUGUCAAUUUCUCAUC